AUGUCGCGGCCUCAGGAUGACAGAAAUCAAGAAGCAACGGUUUAUCUUGGUAAUCUGGAUGAAAGGUGUACGGACGCGCUCGUGUGGGAACUCAUGUUGCAGGCUGGACCUGUGGUGAAUGUACAUCUCCCAAAAGAUCGUAUUUCGAUGGCACACCAAGGUUACGGCUUCUGCGAGCUAUUAACAGAGGAGGAUGCCGAAUACGCAUGUAAGAUCAUGAACCAGAUUAAAUUAUGGGGCAAGCCCAUCCGGGUUAACAAGGCAUCGUCUGAUAAAAAGCAACUGGAUGUCGGCGCGAACCUUUUCAUUGGAAACCUGGACGAGAACGUGGACGAGAGACUGCUUUAUGAUACGUUCAGCGCUUUUGGCAUUAUGGCCACCACAGCGAAGAUCGCUCGAGAUACAGGUUCUGGGACGUCAAAAGGCUACGGUUUCGUUUCUUACACCGAUUUCGAGUCAUCGGACGCUGCUGUGGAGUCUAUGAACGGACAAUUUCUAAUGAACAAAGCCAUCACAGUCCAAUACGCGUUCAAGAAGGACGGAAAGGGAGAACGACACGGAACACCUGCAGAACGUCUCCUUGCAGCCCAAGCGCGUAAAAACAAUGCUCUCCCUGUAGCUGCUCGGCCCCCACCCGCUCCCAUUGCAUUUGGAGCUCGGCCGCCAAUGCCUGGGUUCCAAGGGCCUUACCAGGGUCAAUUCGCUGGCGUUCUCGCUCAGCCGCCUCCUCCUCCAGGAUUCACCCCGCAACAGACGAUUAUGCCGCAAAUGCCGCCGAUGGGUAUGGCGCCUCCCAUGAUGGGAAUGCCUAUGAUGCAGCCUCCUCCAGGAGUGUACGGCGGGUUUGCGCCACCACCUCCGCCUGGUUUUGGCGGUCAAUUUCCACCUUCACAGCAGCCUCCAUAUUAGAUUCCGGGUGUCUUAGUUUCUUUCGUCCGUUUGCAUUGUAGCUUAAAUCUUGUUUUUUGGC